AUGAAGUUCUCCCUCAUUUCGUCCCUCGGGGGCCUCCUUGUCGCCGGUACCGAUCUCUCCAGCAAAGACUUCCGCAUCAACAUUGACCAUAAAACUGGCGCCCUCUACUCACUGACCGAUCCAAAGUCAAAGAAUGCCAUGAAUUGGAUCAGCAACGAUGAAAAUGCGCCUUGGUCGCCGCUCGGAAGCCGCUGGGGUCUUGGUUACGCGGACCUUGGCCAGGAUUCACUUCACCGCACCUAUUGGAAUUCCCCUAAGAUCUCAAAAAAUGGAAACACAUUCGACGCUGUUUACAAAGAAGGAGACUUGGAGGUCCUGGUCAGUCGAACUGUCAAUGACAAUGACCAGUCGUUUACCGAGACCUACACGUUCACGAACAAAGGCGCCAGUACUUUGAACCUCGCAAGCAGGGGAACAACGGCGUUGGCGAUUUACACACCUUUCAAUGACCAUUAUACAAACACAACCGAUUGUGUCACGGCUCGCUCCCAUGCCCACGUUUGGGCAAAUGGCGGCAGCUCGUCAUGGGUGAAGCUGGAUCAGAUGGGUGGGAAUUAUCGCAAUCUUGGGCUCGUACUCACCAAAGGUUCAUUGAGCGGCUACAGCAUUGAGUCGCGCGACUCAGUCACCAUGUCCAAUACGCGAGGCGUCUUUCUCCUUCACCCGUCUAUUACCAAUCUGGAAGCAGGCGCAUCAAGCACGAUUGAAUGGACAUGGUUCUGGCACACUGACUGGGAUGACUUUUUCAAGCAGAGCGCUGCUCGGUCUAAACAGUUCGUCCACGUGGAGACGAACGCCUACACAUACAUCACUGGGGAAACAGCUUCCAUCUCUCUCAAGGGCGCUUCCAUCAACUCGAACACCAAGGUCAAUGGCCAGGCAGUAACGUGCGAGGACACCGUCUGCCGAUACAACUUCACCGCCGGCAGACCAGCGAGAACAACUCUUGUCAUCUCUACUGACACAGGCUACAAUUCAAGUGUCUACUUGAACACCGUUCCAAAGUUUGAUGACCUCCUCAACAGCAGAACGAAAUUCAUCAUCGAGAACCAACAAGAUCAUUCUGUCAACACCCCCGCCGAAGGGUCAUACCGCGUCUUCGACUAUCAAGCCAAUGUGCUAGCCACUUGGGACACCUCGACUGACCGGAAUCCGGGACGCGAGCGCGUUGGAAUGGGAAUCCUCAUGGCCCGCUGGCUGAAGAAAAAUCCCGAAAAUACCCAAGUACGAGAAUCUUUGGAGAAAUACUACACCUACGUAUCGACGAAGCUGCAAGAAGCGAACGGGGCUGUUCGUGACAGACCCAUCGGGAUGGACCCAAGCCGUAAGCGCCUGUACAACUGGCCCUGGGUUUUGCAGUUCCACAUCACCGUCGCCGCUCUGAAUCUCAACCUGACCGGCCCUGUUGCUGAGAAGAGCCCCAUCGAGCGAUUCAUGCUUACGCUAGAGAAUUUCUACGCUGAAGGAGGAAGUGGACUGUACGCUAUCGGCCUUCCUAUCCUCGAAAGCCUGCGAGCCCUCGAAAAGCACGGGAACAAGGAGUGGCUGGAGCGAGCCAAGGAGUUGUACAUUGCCCACGGAGAAGUCAUCGUCAAGAGAGGUUUAGACUACCCCGAAUUCGAGGUCAAUUUCGAACAAUCCAUCGUCGCUCCCGCAGCCGUCAUGCUUCUCGAGCUAUGGCGUUACACCGGAGACAAAAAGUGGCUCGAGGCCGGCAAACUGCACUUGGACACGAUGCUGCUCUUUGCAGGCAAACAGCCCGACUACCACCUCCACGACAUUUCCAUCCGCCACUGGGACGGAUUCUGGUUCGGCAAGGACCGCAUGUGGGGAGACACGUUCCCCCAUCACUGGAGCACAAUCAAUGCCAUUGCUCUCCACCACUAUGGGAAGGGCUUAGGAAACCAAACCGACAGCAAGACAUGGCUGGAUACUGCCGAUGGAAUCAUUCGCAACAAUCUGAUUUUGUUCGACGCCAACGGUCGUGGGUCGUGUGCUUACAUCUAUCCUACCUCGGUCAACGGCCGUAACGGAAACUACAAGGACCCUUAUGCGAAUGAUCAGGAUUGGGUUCUGGCGCACUUGCUGCAGAUUGAGGAGGACAAUAAUUUCAAAUAA